UGAUUCGGUUGUGUCUCCUCUAACCUUCGUAGCAUACGUCGCCAUUCAAACCCUAGCCUAUCGCUACUGUUUCUCGCUGAAUUAUUGUUAAUGUUUUUAUUAUUUUUUGUAUUUUUCACGAACUACGCUUAACUAAAUCAAUCUACCCCCUACCCAACUAUACUUCACUGCAAAGCGAAUACUACACAUCCUUCUCGCAGCGCUGCCGCGCUCGCAGCACAAAGGUUUACGAAGCUCUGCAUGACCGCAAAAAUUGCACCCUUCUUGCCAGAUCCAUGAUUUUCUACUUUCCCAUGCUUGUUCCAUAUCAGACAAAAAUUUAGGUGUUCCACUGUGAGAAUUGUGGCAAAGUAUAAGGUGGGGGGCGGGAUUUUUGGAGAAACUGUGUUUAGGGUUCAACUGAUUGGGAUCCAAAUCCCGCCGAUGAGAAUGUCGGAAGGUUUAGGGGCCACGGAGCAAGCCCGAAUCUGGCACAUGAUCUUCUUCGAUGCUGAUGACUAUCGCCAAAUUCGGGAUGGCGGCACCUCAUACAAGACUUGAAAUUGAAAUUGACUAGGCAAUUCUGUUUUCAACUGGUUUUGGAGCUAACGCGGUGUUGUGAAUGACGCAAGCAGGACUCAUCGGUUUAUUUGCUAUUUCUCUCUUUCAUUCGUAAGAGUGAUGGUUCGCUCAAUAUUGGAAGCAUGCGAGGAGGAAUCCGCUAAUGAUCGUUAGUAGAGGAUGCUCUGUGUCGAAUUUAGGCGUUUGUUUGGGUGUGAGGGAAUACGUAUCAACGCAUGCAGCAGCUAGGCUAGUAUAGAUAAGGAGUUUUGUGUGAAGAUGAGCAUCAUAGGGGAGGCCGGUACUGGAGUUUGCAAAUGUUGCGUGGGAGGUGCUCACAAGGGCGUGGCAGAAUCAUUAGAAGAGAUGGACUUUCAGAGGAGUUUGGCAGGAGCGGCGCAAGUCGGGGAUGUAAGGAGGAUGCGGGAGUUGUUAGCGCGGGGUGCUGAAGUGGAUGGAGGUGGAGAAUCGGGUUACGCACCUUUGCAUUACGCCGCGCGCAAUGGCCACGUCCAAGCUUGCCUUCUCCUCCUUCAGAACGGCGCUCAAGUGGACAGGAGAACUCGAUCAGGGAAAGCUACAAGCCUGCACCGGGCAGCAUUUGCUGGACACAUCGAGGUAGUGAAGGUUCUGUUGCAACAUGGCGCAAGUGUGGAGGCGCAAGAUAGUGAUGGUCAGACUCCCAUUCAUAAAGCAUCCAUGCAGCGCCAUCCGUCGGUGAUGAAGCUGCUUACAGAAUCGUGUCCAAGGGCCUGUAGAAUCCUCGACAAUCAGGGUCGCACUGCAUAAUAUCCAAGGUUUGUAAACGAGUUUGGUGCGGACUUCUAAAGUGGAUUCUUCUACUUGUGACAUAUGAAUGAGAGUCAUUCAACAACGCUUAUCCGAGGAGGGGAACUGUUUAAAAUGGAUCAUAUUGCAGAGACUUCACAAGCACAAGUACCCAUAGUCUUCUGCUGCUGAAAAAUUUAGGAGGAAGUAAAUUUCCUUUUUUAAUCAGGGAGAUUGAUCUUAGUUGUAUGAUACUUUGGAGGGUAAUGGAUUAUUAAGCUACAUACAUGCAUCAUUUUUCUUUUGUAAACCAUCAAAUCAGAAUUACAAGCAUUACUUUUGAAAUCUUGAGAA